CGGACUCCUCCUUUGGCCGCCGUCCACGAACGCUCGUCGUUGAAGAGUUCCCGGCGGGGACGGACCCCUCAGGACGUCCUUGUCUUUAAGUCUCCUCUUUGAGUCUUUCGCUGGUUCUGAAGCGUCUGUGAUGUCAGACUGGGAUUCGCAGCAGAGCAGCGUCGGGAACAACCAGCUCAGCGAAGGAUGUGAGUGCUCGGAGGACGAAGGCCGGAAGAUGAAGAGGAGAGAGAAGAACAGAGUCGCAGCUCAGAAGAGUCGAAAGAGGCAAACUCAGAGAGCUGACCUGCUGCAUGAGGCCUGUGAGCUGCUGGAGCAGAGGAACAGGAAGCUGAGGAGAGAGGUGGACUCUCUGUCCGAGGAGCAGCACCUCCUCACCGAAGCCCUCAGAGCCCACGAGCCCCUGUGUCCCAUCAUGCACUGCUCCUUCGCCUCCUCCACCUCCUCCCAAUCCACCAGCCUGCAGCCGGACAACAUGGCCGCCCGUUCCCUGUGAGCCAGGUUUUCUGAACCCAGCUGGCGAAACCUCUUCUCGGACUGACAAUGCGUGUUUGUGUGCAGCAUCGGCCACUAGAGGGCGCCGUUCACCUCCGUGCAGCAGGCGUCCUCCAGUGGUUCCUGAAGCAGCUCCUCACAUCUAUCAUGUAAAUACAAGAACGUUUUAGCUCUCGGCUGCCAAAAAAAAAAGAAAUCGGUUGACGUUGGGGAUGAUUUGAAGCAUUUACUCCAGGUUUUAUCUGCUUUACGAGUUCAUGAGCGAAUCACCACAUACACGAGACGAGUAAUGGAAUAAAGAAAUGAAAGACAAAUCACA